AUGAAUAUAUUGAAACACGCCUACAAUCUACUGCUAUUGACUCUUGUCGCUGGAAUAUCCGACGUAAGUGAUGAACCAGAGAUAUCGCCUACCGACGAGUAUAUCAAUGAAGAAACAGUUCCAGUCACUGAUGAGGUUAUAACUCCAAGCCCAGAAAUAAAUGAUACAGUUGAAAUUGAAGAGGUUGAAGUAGAAACAGAUGCCACCUGGGAUAUAGCUCGCGCUGUACGUGACGUGGCGUAUUAUUUAAGAGCUCAUAAAUUCCUAGACUAUGAUCAUCGUUAUUACAAGACAAAUGAGGAAUCACAUGUGAAGCUCUACCAAGAAUUUCCAAAGCCCCCAUUAAGAUCAUUGCACUGGGAAGUUCAUCGAUACUGUAUCGACGGCUUCACCAAGUGCCUCAAGUAUCUCGAUACCACCGUACAAUUGACCCCAUUGAAGCGUUCCGACGAUACAAUCACAAUCAUGAAACAGAACAACUGGAAUCCGGUGAAUAAUAGCCAGGAGAUUUUAUCGAUACAGAAGGACUGUCAAAUGGCGCAGCGGCGAGAUAAUCUGACGUUCAUCCCUUUUCAAGGACCAAUUGAGAGAUUUCAGUGGCGUACAUCAGCUAGUUAUUACAUGUGUUGGUACACAAUGCUAGAAACUCCGGAGCUCGGACUUUUCGGUGAAAGCUGCGACAAUCAUGCCAAUUGUUUGGAUGUCUAUGGUGCCAACAACAAAGAUCCGAGAGCUGAUGAUAGCAAGCCGUUUGCUUGUGCAAUGUAUAGUUUCUGUCCAGAUCACUGUUGUCCUAUGAAACACAUCUGGUACAUGAAGGAAUGUUUCCAGAGCACUGAAAAUCCAUGUUAUCGGAGCAAUCGUCCAGCUGCUAGAAAAUGUUCACUGAAUCGAGCGAAUAAUCAAGAUCUUAUUGCACUGAUAGGUAAUCAGUUGAAUAUCAGUUGUGACUGCCAAACUGGGGGUUAUGAGUGGUCCUCGAGAUUUAGUCUGUGCGUUGAUGUAAAUGAAUGCACCAGUGGUCUUCACAAUUGCUCUUUCAAAGAUGGCCAUACUUGUGUCAAUCUACCGGGUCGCUUCGACUGUUUAUGCCAAUAUGGAAUGGUCUGGAAUGAUGAUACGCGGGAAUGUGAAACUAGUAAUGUCUUAGAAAGCCUUCUAGAGAACAUACUUCACGAUGAGAAUUCAACAGAUGAGAGCAGUGUCAUUGAGACUUUUGUCAAAACUUUGACUAGAUCAAUAGCUAGUUUACCGAGCUUAAAUCAUUCAUUCCUUGUUUUAUCUGUUGCUUCCAUUAAUUUUAAUGCCAAUACUAUAACAUAAUUUCUCACAUGCGUUAAAAUGAAAAAAGGAUUUCACUUGUAUGUAUUAGUAAAGCUCCAUUUUCGACACACUUUGUGUAAAGUGCAAUUAAACGCAUGCGUGAAACUAUCCUCCUCACACAUUAUGUCGAAAAAAAGGAUUCGAUACUCGCGGCCAGAGUUCUUUUAAACUCGUGGGAUCAUAGUGUUCGUCUCUGGCUCGUUCUAUAAGCAACGAGGGUGUGAUGAAAACUAGAAUAAAAUUUAAGUAAAGCUUCA